AUGGCCGGUGGUGCGAAUCACUCUCCCCCGCUGGCAUCCACUGGAUCACUCCCGAAGUUCUCCACGAAUGGAGCAAUUCGCAAUCACAGCAUAGAUACACCCGAGUAUGAUGCUGUUCAAUCAUGGUUGCUGCGAUCGGCCACUUUAGUCCAUGAUCUUCCCUGCACCAAUCCAGGAACAGAACUCAAUGAGCACGCCACAUGGAUGUCUUCCCGUCUGCCCGCUGGGUUCGACAGCAUUCUGGAGUGCCGAGACGAGCAUGCAGUGAUAAUUGGAAUCAGCACGAGAUGGAACAAUCACACAUCAAAAAAAGGCGCACCUUCCCCAACUAGUAUAGGCAGAUGGGCCGUACAAGCAGUUAAACACAUCAAAGUCACUCGUGGAUUGGCACGGUUUAAGCUCAGCUAG